AUGGUGGUCCAGCUGGUUUCUUUGGGAAGAGGCCUUCGUCAGGGCGACCCUCUGUCCCCCAUGCUUUCUAUUAUUGCUGAAGAAAUGUUGUGCAGGGGUCUGAGUGAUCUUCGUAACAAAGGUUUUCUGAAAGGAAUUAUUGGACCUGGAAAGGUAGUUACCCCGUUGCACUUCUUGUAUGUAGAUGCCGUUCUCAUUUUUAUGAAUGUAGAGUUGAAGGGUAUUAAAAACUUGAAGAGAUUUUUAGACUUUUACCAGUACUACUCUGGCCAACAAAUCAACCCAGAGAAAAACAAGAUUUUUCUUGGGUUGAUACCUUUGGCAAGAAAGCAAAGAAGCAAGGAAGUUCUAAACAUCCCAGAAUGUCAUUUCCUAACUCGAUAUCUUGGGGUUGAUCUAUUUGAGGUUCAGGUUAAAAAAGAUUUGAUCCUCCCUUUGAUGGACAAAUUCAUGGCUCAUCUGACUAAAUGGAAAGCAAAAUUAUUAACUUUGGCAGAAAGAGUGGAGCUGGUGAAAACAGUGAUGAGCAGCAUUCUGGGUCAUAACUUUUUGGUUUAUCUAUGGCCAGCGUCACCAAUUGCCAAGAUGGAAAGAUGGAUUAGAAACUUCAUUUGGAGUGGCGAGGCUAACAAGUCCAAAGCAGUAGUGGUGAACUGGGAGAAGGUUUGUAAGCCUAAAAGGGAGGGUGGUCUUGGCAUUUGUAGGCUUAAGGAAGUUAAUUUAGCUUUGUUGGCUAAGUUAUGUUGGUAUAUCAAGACCAAAAAGUUUACUUUGGCGGCUUUCUUACGAGGUAGAUUUGCGGCGUCCGAUGGCUCCUUAAAGCAUUAUGUUGCAUCAACUUCUAUUUUUCCUGGUAUAAGAAAAGUUUGGGAAUUUGUCUUAGAUAAUUCUAGAUGGGCUGUUGGUGAUGCCUCAUUAGAUUUUGGUAUGAUAUUUGCUUGGGGAAUAGAAAGUUGGAAAAUGGGUGCUUCUUGCUGUGGAGUCCACCAAUUUGCAAAGCAUUUGCCAGUGCAUUCUUACUUUUCAGCUCCCCUUGAUUAA